UAUUGUUACACCCCGGCUCAUUUUAGCAGCCCUCGGUGCAGUUGUAUUGCCCUUGGGUCACUCACUAUCAAUCAUCGUUUCAGUUUUUGUUUGAAAACCCUUCCUCCGCUUCGUCUCUUGGCGUUCACAGUGCAGGAGUUGUUGAGUAAUUUGCUGUCUAACUUGGACUGGAUUUCUUCUCAAAGCGAACAAUCGCUGUUUUACAAGUUUCCAAGAUGUCGAGAAGUGUUAAAACAACUCCAGUAGGUAUCGAUCUUGGAACAACGUACUCGUGUGUUGCUGCUUGGUUUGAUCAACACAACCGUGUUGAGAUCCUUCCUAACGAACAGGGUAACGCCAUUACCCCGUCAUGUGUGGCAUGUAACGAUAAAGAACUUUUAGUAGGUGAGGGUGCCAAAAAUCAGAUUACCAGGAACCCGACUAACACGGUUUUUGAUGUUAAGCGUGUAAUGGGGAGCAGAUUCGGUGACAUUAGAUUGCAGAAAGACAUUGAAUCAUGGCCUUUCAAAGUAAUCAAAGGAUCUAAUGAUAAACCAAUGAUUGUACUUGAACACAUGGGUGAAAACAAGGAGUUUUCAGCUGAGGAACUAUCUUCCAUGAUUCUAAAGAAGUUGAAAGAGGCAGCUGAGGCAUAUCUUGGUACAACGGUUAGAGAUGCAGUUAUUACGGUUCCUGCAUAUUUUAGUGAUAAGCAACGACAGGCAACAAAGGAUGCUGGUACACUUGCUGGUCUCAAUGUCAUGCGCUUGAUCAAUGAGCCCACAGCAGCUGCAAUUGCCUAUGGUCUAGACAAGAUUGCAGACCCAAACCGUCCACAACAGAAAAACGUCUUUGUCUUCGAUUUAGGUGGAGGGACAUUCGACGUGUCACUUCUUACUACCAGCAAAGACGGAACCAUAACCGUUAAAGCUGUGGGUGGUGACACUCAUUUGGGUGGAGAGGAUUUUGACAAGACGUUGGUUGAUUAUUGCGUACAAGAAUUUAAGAAAAAACAAAAGAAAGAUAUCAUCAAAAGUGCAAGAGCAAUGGGGAGAUUGAAAGUUGCUUGUGAGAAAGCAAAGAGGGACCUGUCUUCAACGGCUGAAACUUCAAUUGACAUCGAUUGCUUGUAUGAUGGAACUGAUUUUUCAAUGAAGAUCACCCGCGCGAAAUUCGAGGAUCUGAAUGCUGGGUUUUUUAAGAAGUGCAUUGAACAUGUUGAAAAUUGUUUAAAGGAUGGUAAUAUGCACAAAUAUAACAUGGAUGAUAUAGUCCUUGUUGGUGGGUCGACUAGGAUUCCCAAGGUGCAACAAAUGUUGGGUGAGUUCUUUGGCUCGAAAGCACUCUGCAAGAGCAUAAACGCUGAUGAAGCUGUUGCUUAUGGUGCAGCAGUGUUGGCUGCAAACUUAAGUGGUAACGGCAAUAAAGCUGUGAAGGAUUUGAUACUCUUAGAUGUAACCCCUUUGUCCCUUGGUAUCAGCGCUAACGAAGGAUAUAUGAGUGUUAUAAUCCCAAGGAACACACCAAUACCCACCAUGAAGGAAAGUAUUUACCAUACAUUGUACGACAAUCAAGUAGCACUCGUAGUGCCUGUGUAUCAAGGUGAGUGUGCUGAAACGAAAGACAACAUCUUCCUAGAUAAAUUCACUCUUUAUGGUGUUCCACCAGGUCCUAAAGGUAAAGAAAAAAUGAAGGUUUGCUUUAGCAUAGAUGUCAAUGGUAUUCUUGAUGUCUCAGCUGAGUUGGUAUCUACCGGUAAUAAAAGAAGUAUAGUAAUCGCUGGGAGUGGAAAUGUGUCCAAGGAUGACAUUGACAAGAUGCUGGAAAAGGUUGGUCAUUAGUGUCUUUACUUGCUAGAUGUUAUUUUGUUUCUUAUCAACUCCAAAUUCUAAUAUGUGUUGGUUUAACUAUGGAUUUAUGUAAUCAUGUUGGUGCAUUGGUUUAUCACAACAGACACA